AUGCGCGCAGGAAAACUUCUGCUCCUCCGGAUGGACGUGCGAGUCUUCGUUAUUCUCAUCCACUUCACUUAUACUGGGAUUAAAGCAGCAGCGAUGGUGGUGAACAGAGGAGAGGAGGAGGCUCGAUGCCCACUUGGCCAGUUCCCAUGUGGAAACAUGAGCGAGUGCCUUCCUCAGGCUUUGCAAUGCAAUGGGCGAAAGGACUGUGUCAAUGGAGCCGACGAGAGUCACUGUGGAGACAACAUCGGCUGGGCGGACUUAUUUGGUCUAAGACUGGUGAAUACCCGUCCAGUGGAUUUUAACUCACAGACUGAGUGUUCCUUGGCGGAGUAUCCAGAAACCUGUGACUGUCAACAGACAGUGGUCAUGUGCGUAAACGUCGACCUAGAGGAUGUUCCACUGCUUUCUUCAAACGUUACUUGGCUGUCACUGAGGAGUAAUAAAAUCACGUAUCUGUCUGAUAAUGUUUUCUCGGAGUACUCUGCGCUAGAGAGGCUGUUUCUGCAAAACAACAGUCUCCAGAUGAUCUCCAAACAUGCCUUCAAUGGCCUGUACAGUCUACGAAAACUGUUUCUCAGUGAGAACUUGAUCACCUCCCUCAGUCCUGGUGUGUUCAAGGACCUCCAUCAGUUAGAAUGGCUGGUAUUGGAUCAUAACCCAUUAAGCGGUUUGUCCCAGGACACCUUCACUGGCCUCCAUUCUCUGAUGUACUUAUCCAUGGUGUACACCUCGCUGCAGCAGCUUCCUCACCCCAGCUUCUGUCGACACAUGCCGGCCUUGGACUGGCUGGACCUUGAAGGAAACCAGAUCAAAACUCUCAACUACUCCAUCUUGGAAACGUGCAGUAAGCUCGAAGUACUAUUACUGAUGGACAACAGGAUCAGAAGAGUCCCUGAAGACACGUUCAAGUCCCUGUGGAAACUGGCUGACCUAAACCUGUCCAGCAACAGAAUUAAAGAGCUGCCACAGAAGACCUUCAAGAGCCUCUCCAAGUCUCUCCUUAAACUAAAUAUUUCCAACAAUCCUCUUCUUCAUAUUCACCCAGACCACUUUAAACACCUGACACAUCUUCAGUCUCUGGCAUUAGAGGGAAUAGACAUCCCAGAUAUCCAACCUAAAAUGUUUCUGCCAAUGAAGAACCUUUCCCACAUCUACUUUAAGAAGUUCCAGUACUGUUCCUAUGCGCCUCAUGUCAGGUCCUGUAAACCAAACACAGAUGGUAUUUCUUCUUUUGAGGAUCUACUGGCUAACACAGUGCUGCGGGUGUCUGUGUGGGUGAUGGCCUUCAUAACCUGUUUUGGUAACCUUUUAGUCAUUGGCAUGAGGUCACUGAUACGAGCUGAGAACAACCUGCAUGCUGCCUGCAUCAAAGUCCUGUGCUGUGCAGACUGCCUUAUGGGGGUUUACCUUUUUUUUGUUGGGGUGUUCGAUGUGAAGUUUCGUGGUCAGUAUAAUCGUAAUGCUCUGCUCUGGAUGGAAAGCAUAGGGUGUCGGACUAUUGGAUUCCUGGCCAUGCUCUCCUCGGAGGUGUCUGUUCUCCUCCUGACAUACCUCACUUUGGAGAAGUUCGUGGUCAUUGUUUUCCCGUUCAGCAAUCUGCGCCCUGGUAAACAUCAGACAAUGGUUUUUCUGGUCUCCAUUUGGCUGCUGGGCUUUGUUAUUGCUGCAGUGCCCUUAAUGAACGAGGAGGUGUUUGGAAACUACUACGGACGUAAUGGUGUCUGCUUCCCCCUGCACUCAGACAGGCAAGAGAAACCGACAUCCAAAGGAUAUUCAACGGGCAUAUUUCUAGGUCUAAAUCUUCUGGCAUUCCUAGUCAUCGUGUUCUGCUACUCCAGUAUGUUCUACUCCAUCUAUAAAACUGGCAUCAACGCUGCAGACCUGAAGAGCAGACUGCACAAAGAUGUUGCUGUGGCCAACAGGUUUUUCUUCAUAGUGUUCUCUGACGCCCUCUGCUGGAUUCCCAUAUUUCUGGUCAAGGUCCUCUCACUACUGGAGGUGGAAAUACCUGGAACAAUUUCCAGCUGGGUUGUUAUCUUCAUCCUUCCUAUCAAUAGUGCUUUGAACCCCAUCUUAUACACAUUGACCACCAGCUUCUUCAGAGAGCAGGUGGAAGUUUUACUCUGUCGCUGGCAGCGGAGAAGCACGGUAAAAAAAGAUCGCAAAAGCCUCACGUCCUUCACAAUUUUCACGGAGACAUCAAGGGCUCCAGCGGCCUACCUCCAGCACGUAACACUGACUGAUGCCGACCCACGCUACGCCUGAUGUCAGGAGUUUUCCUGAUGCUUCACAAAUUACGGGUUGAGGCCUAUUUGUUUUUAUCUUUGGGUGUGGCAGCAGCGCAAAGAUGAUUGAAUUCGACCCAGUUUUACGUGGAAAAAAUUUUAAACUGCUGAGCUACAGUAUCUCAUCAUGCUCUGGAAUGCCUCCAAGUGAGAUAAACAUAAAAAAGUAAAGCCAUUUAGCUUGCAUGCUUACAUGGCCAUACUUUUGACAGUGUUAUAAUGAACUGAACACAGGACUGAAAAAGAAGAGGAGCUUAGACUGA